AUGCGGAACCUGCAGCUGCAGAUCCAUGCGGAGCGACUGCUGCAGAUCCAUGUGGAGCGACUGCUGCAGAUCCAUGUGGAGCGACUGCUGCAGAUCCAUGCGGAGCGACUGCUGCAGAUCCAUGCGGAGCGACUGCUGCAGAUCCAUGUGGAGCGACUGCUGCAGAUCCAUGUGGAGCGACUGCUGCAGAUCCAUGCGGAGCGACUGCUGCAGAUCCAUGCGGAGCGACUGCUGCAGAUCCAUGCGGAGCGACUGCUGCAGAUCCAUGCGGAGCCUGCAGCUGCAGCAUCGGCCUCUCGUGACUCCAGCUCCAUUCCACUGAUACCACCACCGGCCCUUGGUCUCCGGCGAGGUGGGUGUGGGGGGUCGGGUUGGGUAGAGGACCAGGAAGAGUCCGCGGAAAAACUGGCGCGUGUUUUUUUCGGAGUUUUCCAACAGACUUCACCAGCUCAGACAGAUCACAGCAGCCCGCCUGGAGACCGGAGAGAAGCAAAGCCCUGCAGCCUCUCCGUGUCUAACUAG